AUGGCUGCUGUGCAAGUUGCCGGCUUGUUGCCUUCGGGGCAGCAGCGGGAGGCACCGCGGGAAGCAAUCCCUGAGCGAGGCAAUGGGUUUCGCCGCUUGUCUGCCAGGCUCUGCGCCCUGCGCCCGGAUGACAGCAGCUCCGCCCGCACCGAGAUCCACCUGCUCUUCGAUCAGCUCAUCUCCGAGAACUACAGCCAGGGCAGUGGUGUGGCCCCGCAGGACGUUAGUGCUCUUCUUGUCCAGGCAUGCCGACUGGUACCUCUUAAUCAGAAUCAUCUUGUCAGCAAAGCAUCCCAGCUUAUCCACCAUUUACUUGACAGAUUACAGGUAAUUAUUGAUGAACAGCACUUGGAUUUCCUGUUGGCAUAUACUAUUUCAGCUAUUCAUCAGUGUAGUUCCUGGACACACAUGGAAAUUCUUCAAGCCCUGGCAGCUCUGGUGUACUGCAAUGGCUCAAAAUGUCAAAAGUACCUCCCAGAGCUGCUAGGCAAGACCGGACUCUUAAUGAAGUUGAGUGACUUGGCUCAGUCUGAUCCUGAAGUCAGGAGAGCUGCAGUACAUUGUAUGGCAAACUUAUGUCUCAGUAUGCCAGGACAGCCGUAUUUGGAGGAGCCCUACCAAAAUGUCUGUUUCCAAGCUUUCCUGACUAUUUUACAAUCUCCAAAAUCGUCUGAUAUGGAUGAUAUCACAUUUUGCAUGUUAUUGCAAAAUGCAUUAAAAGGUGUACAGUCACUUCUAAAUGGUGGGAGAAUGAAACUAACACAGACCAAUGAACUUGGAGCAGUUCUAGCUGUGCUAAAGAAAUUCAUGUUUCACGGACUCCCUGGACUAAACAUAGAGAUGCCCACGGUGUUAUACCCAACUCCGCUUCCUCAGUAUGAUGGGCGAACACCGAUCAAACCACAGCAAUCAGAAUCCAGUGCUUCUCGACCAACUUUGAAUAAAAAGAAAAAGUCCAGAGUAAAACCAAAGAAAAUCCAGCAAGGAGAGGAGAAGGAAAAGGAAUCCAGUGGUGAAAUAGAGGCAGCCCCAGUCACUGGCACAGGCAGAGUGAACCUGCAUGAAGGGAACACUUGGUGUCCCUCCUCCCUGGGUGUCCAGAGUUUGCCUUUAGAUGGAAGUGGAGCUGCAGGAAAAGAUGGAGUCUCCUCACCCUUCAGUUCUUCCAGUUGGAAAAGGGUCAGCAGUAGUGAGUCAGACUAUUCUGAUGCUGAAGGAGGCAUGCAGAGUAAAAUGAGGUCUUACCAAGCUAAAGUUCGCCAAGGAGCCUUAGUUUGUUUUCUUUCAACUAUAAAAUCGAUAGAAAACAAAGUUCUUUAUGGCUACUGGUCAGCCUUUAUUCCUGAUACACCUGAACUUGGCAGCCCACAGUCAGUGUCCUUGAUGACUCUUACAUUGAAAGACCCUUCUCCAAAAGUAAGAGGAUUUAAACUCUAA